AACAAUCUGAUGACUAUUUGCGUAGAUUGCAGGGCUGCGUUACACUAAACAUAUGGCACUUUUUAUGGUGAGAACAAUCCUCACCCUCGUUUCCCUUUUGUGUGGUGCCCGGGAGGUGGUAGGGUGUGGAGAAGGGUAUAUAGAUCCCACAAUCUCAGAAAACAUCCAGUACGCAGAAGCUGUGGUCUAUGGGGAGGUGUUGGCCCGUUAUCCUGCGACUGACACGGGGCUGUCAUAUACGGUGACUUUGGAAACACACUGUAUUUUCAAAGGACCCCGAGUAAAUGGACUCAUCAACAUCACGAAGACUGGUCAUAUCCCUGGCUGGUGCUACGAGACUAAUUUUCAGGAGAACAGCUGGUAUUUCGUGUUCCUGCAAGAGGAAGGCUCUCAGUGGGUCCCGUCGGAGGUCCCUGUAAUCUCCAAUGACGUGCGAAAGGUCCAGGAAGUCCUUGGCUCAUGUGGUCUUUCUGCAGAAAACCUUCAUCCAGUGGGGGACAAAACCGAUAGCAAAUACAAAUGCCCACAAGUGGAUGAAAAAACGUGUCUUGUUGAGUCUACGACCCAAGCAAACAAAUCCAGUGCCGGAGUGACGCCUCGACCUUCAACGAAAGCUGGGUCUUAUCAGAAACAAUCUCAGCUGCCUGAAGGCAAUGCCGGUGUUUCCGUUCCAAUAUUUGUGGUGUCUCUUUUCUUGGUGGCUCUUUUCACAAUGCUGUGCGUUCUCACGGUGCUAUUUCUGCUUCGGCACAGGUUUGUUAAAUACUACACAGAUCACUUCAAGUUGCAGAAACUGAAUGAAGACCCAAUGCCGUCUGCACUUUCUGGGACGUUUCAGGCAAACUGACUGUUAAAAUGUUUCACGGCGGAGAGUAAGAAGUUAAAGAUAAGGUUUUAAUAUUAGAGAUAACUAUUUGAAUGACUAUUUUGUAUGUAUUUUCACUCUAAGAACAAAUCGGUUAUUGACCCCACCGAUAAAAUCGGUUGACUUGAAAUCAGUUACAAACAAAGGUUUACUCGGUUAGUUGUCAACCAGUCAAUUGGUCAACAUGAUGACCUUGUGGAUCUGUUACUGAAUAACUGACCUGAGAACAUUUGAAAGGAAUAUUGAAAGACUGUAAAGUAAACUUGUU